UCGGGGCGGGGCCGCGGCACUGCGGUGAAAGCCGAGGCAGCGGGCUGGCGAGCAGGGGGCGGGCGGACAUCUUGGGAUCUGGAGAGUGGCCGGGCGGGCGGAGCAGGGGGCCGCAGACACCAGGUCUGUUCUCAGAGCGAUGGGCCUUGGAGACUGAGCUGCCGCCAUGAUUGGAGGCUUAUUCAUCUAUAAUCACAAGGGGGAGGUGCUCAUCUCCCGGGUCUACCGAGAUGACAUCGGGAGGAAUGCAGUGGAUGCCUUUCGGGUCAAUGUUAUCCACGCCCGGCAGCAGGUGCGGAGCCCCGUCACCAACAUCGCUCGCACCAGUUUCUUCCAUGUUAAGCGGUCCAACAUCUGGUUGGCAGCUGUCACCAAGCAGAAUGUCAAUGCUGCCAUGGUCUUCGAAUUCCUCUAUAAGAUGUGUGACGUAAUGGCUGCCUACUUUGGCAAGAUCAGCGAAGAGAACAUCAAGAACAAUUUUGUGCUCAUAUAUGAGCUGCUGGAUGAGAUCCUGGACUUUGGCUAUCCACAGAAUUCAGAGACAGGCGCACUGAAAACCUUCAUCACCCAGCAGGGUAUCAAGAGCCAGCAUCAGACAAAGGAAGAGCAAUCGCAGAUCACCAGCCAGGUGACCGGGCAGAUCGGCUGGCGGCGGGAGGGCAUCAAGUACCGCCGGAAUGAGCUCUUCUUGGACGUGCUAGAGAGUGUGAACCUCCUCAUGUCCCCCCAGGGGCAGGUGCUGAGCGCCCAUGUGUCAGGCCGGGUGGUGAUGAAGAGCUACCUGAGUGGCAUGCCUGAGUGCAAGUUUGGGAUGAACGACAAGAUUGUCAUUGAGAAGCAAGGCAAAGGCACAGCUGAUGAAACCAGCAAGAGUGGGAAGCAAUCAAUUGCCAUCGAUGACUGCACGUUCCACCAGUGUGUGCGACUCAGCAAGUUUGACUCUGAACGCAGCAUCAGCUUCAUCCCACCUGAUGGAGAAUUUGAGCUAAUGAGGUAUCGUACCACCAAGGACAUCAUCCUUCCUUUCCGGGUGAUCCCACUAGUGAGAGAAGUGGGACGCACCAAGCUGGAGGUCAAGGUGGUCAUCAAGUCCAAUUUCAAGCCCUCAUUACUGGCUCAGAAGAUUGAGGUGAGGAUCCCAACCCCACUGAACACAAGUGGGGUACAGGUGAUCUGCAUGAAGGGGAAGGCCAAGUACAAGGCCAGCGAGAACGCCAUUGUGUGGAAGAUCAAGCGCAUGGCAGGCAUGAAGGAAUCACAGAUCAGCGCUGAGAUUGAACUUCUGCCCACCAAUGACAAGAAGAAAUGGGCUCGACCCCCCAUUUCCAUGAACUUUGAGGUGCCAUUCGCACCCUCUGGCCUCAAGGUGCGCUACUUGAAGGUGUUUGAACCGAAGCUGAACUACAGCGACCAUGAUGUCAUCAAAUGGGUGCGCUACAUUGGCCGCAGUGGCAUUUAUGAGACCCGCUGCUAGCUGCCUAGUAGCAGCUAGCCUGCCUCCCCACCCACCCUUUUCCGUGGGUCUGGGUGCCCUGGGCCACCACACUUCAGUGUCUCCUCCCUCCUGCUUUGCUGCCUUCCCUUUGCACCAGCCCCUGAGUCUAGGUCUGGACCAACCACAUUGCGAGCGGGACUGGUGGAGCAGUCCCUGGGCUCCCUGGGCUCCCUGGGCUCCCUGGGCUCCCUGGGCUCCCUGGGCUCCCUGGGCAGGGUGGUUUCUAGGGCUCCUACUUCACCAUUCAUCUGUCUGCCCUGGCCCAUGCCAGGCUUUCUGUUCUGUGACCAAAGCCAGGUGGGCUCCCUUUCCUCCCCUCCCCUGUGGCCACAUCUCUCUGGAGUGGGAAGGUUGGCUGCCCCUCACCUCGGAGCUCCCCCAAAGGCCAGUAACGGAUCCCCAGCCCUCAAUCCCUACUCUGCUUUGGGAUAGUGUGAGCUUCAUUUUGUACACGUGUGACUUUGUCCAGUUAUAAACCCAAUAAACUGUAGAGCGGA